AUGGCGGUGGAAUGGGAAUGGGAGGAGGGUAUGGACGUGGUGGUGGAUGGGGUGGACCGCCGGGUGGAGGAUACGGACGGAGCUCCGGAUAUGGAGGUCAUCGAGGUGGAUUUGGUGGAGGAGGAGGAAGUCGAGGGCGUGGACGCUGGUGAGAGGAUGACAGUACAUCCUGAGCUCAAGGUAAUUCCAUCAUGA